CCGCCUUAAUAAAAAUGGCAUUCUAAUAAUCUCUUCCAGAUAUAGAAAUAAUACCAGAUGGUGAAAAUAAAGAUUAAUCUUAUCUUUAGUAGUUAUUACAUAAUAGAACUCCAAAUAGGAUAGUUUAAGAAUAAGAGGAAAUGUUAAUAGAAGAAAAAUCACCUCCUGUAAAAAGAAAAUUGUUUUAAGAAAGAAAAUUAUAUAAAGGUGAAAGUGAUAUAGAAGAAGAGGUUGAAGAGAUUAAAUAAAUAGCAAAAUAAAAAAAUGACAAUCAAUCUGCAUUACCAGGAUAUUAAGUUCAUAAAGAUUAUACAGUUAUGCUUAAUAUGACAGAUAUUUCGUAUGGAGUUAAGGGUCAUAAUAAAUUCUAUUAAAUUUAAGUUUUAAAAAAAGAUGGUGAUUAUUUUUUAUUUACAAAAUGGGGAAGAGUAUGUAUAUAAUAUUAAAUAAUAGACUGGUGCAUAAAAUCCGUAAUAAGAAAUAAAGGAAAGUGAUUUAUUAACAGCUAUAAGAGGAUUUGAGAAGAAAUUUAGAGAUAAAACUCAUUGGGAUUGGAGAGAAAGAUCUGAAUUUAAAUAAUAACCUGGAAAAUAUUGUAUUGUUGAUGUAAUGGGAGGAGGUGGAGGUUCAAUAAAUAAUGAAAUAGAAAAAUUAAAUUAAAGAAAUGGUAGAAUAGCAGCUAGAAUAAAGAAUUUAUAAUCUUCUUUAGAUCCAGCAAUAUUUGAUUUAAUGAAUGAAAUUUGGGAUAUUUAAAGAAUGAAUAAAACACUUAAAGAAUUAAAUUUUGAUACAGAUAAAAAUCCAUUAGGUAGAUUAUCUGUUGAUGCAAUUAAAAAAGGAUUUAAAAUACUUAAUGAAAUUUAAUAAGCUUUAAGAGAAUGUAAAUAUAGUUUAUUAAUUGAUCUUUCUAAUGAAUUUUAUACAAAUAUUCCAUAAAAUUAUGGUAUGAAAUUGCCUCCAAAAAUAGAUAAUUAUGAUAUUUUGGGAUAAAAAAAUUAAUUAUUAACAGUUUUAUAAGAAUUAGAGUUAGCUAAUAGAUAUAUAAAUAGUACUCUAACUGAAAAUAGUGAUAUAAAUCCUUUAGAUUAAUUUUAUAAAUUACUCAAAACCAAUAUUAGAGUUUGUAAGGAUAUAGAUAUAAUAAAUAAGAUAGAACAUUCAAUAAAUAUAUCUCAUGGUCCUACUCAUGAUAAAUUUAAAUUAUAAGUAUUAAGAGUUUAUGAAAUAGAAAGAAAGAAUGAAAAAAUUAGAUUCUUUCCUUUUAAAUCAUUAGAAAAUAGAAAAUUAUUAUGGCAUGGUUCAAGAAUAACAAAUUUUGUAGGAAUAUUAUCAGAAGGAUUAAAAAUAGCACCUCCCGAAGCUCCAAGUACAGGUUAUAUGUUUGGGAAAGGAGUUUAUUUUGCUGAUAUUUGUUCUAAAUCAGCUGGGUAUUGUGCUUCUAAUAUUGAUAAUCCUUAUGGAUAUGUUUUAUUAUGUGAAGUUGCUUUAGGAAAUGUUUAUUAAAUAUAUAAAGCAAAAGAUCAUGUUAGACCUCCUCAAAAUUAUCAUAGUAUACAUGCUGUAGGUAGAAAUCAUGCUGAUCCUAAAACAAGAGAUAAAAUUAAGUAAAUUUGUAUUUAAUUAAAUAGUAAUCUAGAUUUUGAGUCUGGUAAAGUUAUACCAAAUGAAGACUUAAAAAUUCAUAAUAUUGAAUCUAGUCUUAUAUAUAAUGAAUAUGUUGUCUACGAUGUUGCUUAAGUUUAAAUUCAUUAUUUAGUAAAACUUAAAUUUAUUUUUUGA